AUGGAGAUGGAACCGAACGCGUCGCCAAAGAUAAUAGAAAGGAUGGAGUACCGAUAUUUGGGUCGCAGUGGACUCAAAGUAUCCGUUCUUUCUCUUGGAGGCUGGGUUACUUUUGGUGGACAAGUUCCUCCUGGUGAGAUAGCUUUUGACAAUGGAAUCAACUAUUUUGACACUGCGGAGGUCUAUGCGGGCGGAAAAUCCGAGAUCGAUAUGGGAAAUGCUAUCAAGAAAUUGGGAUGGAAACGUUCGGACUUUGUGAUAUCGACAAAAAUAUUCUGGGGUGGCAAGGGACCGAAUGAUCGAGGUUUAUCGAGGAAGCAUAUAAUCGAAGGCUUAAAUGCGUCGUUGAAAAGAUUAGGAUUGGAAUACGUCGACAUAGUGUACGCUCAUAGACCGGAUCCCGACACUCCUAUGGAUGAAAUAGUACGCGCCUUUAACUUUGUGAUUGAUCAAGGUAAAUCAUUCUAUUGGGGGACUUCCGAGUGGUCGGCUCAACAAAUUACGGAGGCCAUCGAGGUUGCAAAUCGAUUGGGACUUAUUUCCCCAUUGGCUGAACAG